AUGACAAGUUCUGCUUAUGGUCUGGCUUCAGGGUUUCUUUCAGUGAAUAGUAUAUCACUUUCUAAGAAUUUAUUCAAGUAUCAAGAUGAUACCAUUUGCUGCGUAUUUCAGAAUUGGAAAUCAUCAGCACCAGCUCCAGCAAAGAAAUCAUGGAUCCCAGCGGGCUUUGGAGGCAGCGGCAAGCAUGACGCCACCAUCGACAUACCAUUAUAUGAUCCGAAGAAGCGGGAGCAAGAGCUCUUAUCAUGGGAGGAGGAUUUGAAGAGGAGGGAGCGGGAUAUCAUACAGAGGGAGAAUGCAAUGAACAGAGCUGGUGUCACCAUCGAAGUGAAAAAUUGGCCACCAUUCUUCCCUGUCAUACAUCAUGACAUAGCCAAUGAAAUACCAACCCAUGCUCAUCAGUUGCAAUAUUCAGCAUUUGCUAGUUGGCUAGGAAUUGUUGUAUGUCUCAGUUGGAAUGCAUUUGCUGUCUUAGUUGAAUCAAUUCACGGGGAAGAUAUUGUCCUUUUUCUUCUUGCCAUCAUCUAUGCGGCAUUUGGAUGUCCUCUUUCAUACAUCCUAUGGUACAGGCCUCUGUACCAGGCCAUGAGAACUGAUAGCGUGGUGACAUUUGCCCAGUUUUUCGUCUUCUACUCGGUGCAUGUUGGAUUUUGUGUUAUUGCUGCAAUUGCUCCGCCGAUAAUAUUCAUGGGGAAAACUCUUACGGGAAUUCUUGUGGCUAUCGUUGUUUUAAACACGGAUAUGUUUGUCGGGGUACUUUAUCUAAUUGGAUUUGUAUUGUUCACGGCGGAAUCUCUUAUAAGCAUUUGGGUGCUUGAGAGAGUAUACAUGUAUUUUCGAGGGCACAGGUGAAGCCUAGCAAUGAGACGAUGAAAUCAUUCAAGGCAACUGUCUCCUCAACAGCAAGCAUUCUGAUGUAAAACACAAAGUUGACGGUGAUUGUUGGUGAACUGCUUCUGCCGAAUUCUUGCAUAUUCAGACAUAGAGUGGAAAUUGAUUUAAUCUCAUAGUAGAAAUGUGAAUCAAGAUAACAAGUACUAUUUGAUUCAACAUGUUCGAAACAGAAUGGUGGUACCAGAUCCCAUGCCUGCAAAACUUGCGGCAUGUCUCCUGCCGAUGUGCCAACGGUGAAGCGUGUUAGACAGUUCAGGCUUAUGCAGGUUCUCCGGUCAAAGAUGAAAGCAUUUAGGAUCUCUUUUGUUUUUCAUUUGUAUCUGAUAAAUCUGUACUGUUUUCUAUAAAUAUUAAUAUCAGAUUUGUUUCCUGAAAGAACAUCUCUGAAGAAACAGAUUACUCAAUCGGCAGGUUUGAAAUUAAGUUCUUUAUUCCUGCACCU